AUGCCGGAAAAAUUCUCCAACAUCAAAAUCUUUUCCGACCUCUCGGCAGAGACAUUACAAUACCGCAAAUCUCUGGCACAAAUCACGCUAUCACUGCGCAACCAAGGAGUAAACUACAGGUGGGGAUAUCCGGCCAAGCUGCUGGUCUACCAUGGAGACUCCCUCCACGCCAUCACAUCAGCGACGCAAG